AUGACCCGCUUCACGAAAGUCGCUAUUAAUAUACCCGACCUCCACCCCGAGGUCCAUCUGCACGCAAUCAAAAGCAGACUCCGACCUAGGAAGUUCCAAGAAACCAUCGCAGUAGGCAAGCCGAAGACCCUUGCUGAGUUUCGUGAGAAAGCCAAAGGCCAAAUUAAUAUCGAGGAGCUUAGACAAGCCCGGAAGUCCGACAAAAUAUAUUACCGAGACAAGGAUAAAACUCCAAGCACUAAGAAAAAUUUUAAACUAACCACUCGAUUUGAUUCUUAUACACAGUUUAACAUCAAGAGAGAUGAUAUCAUCAAAGAGAUCCUCAAUUCAAAGCUCAUCAAGCCACCAAGGAAGGCCGGAACCUACCAAGAUACCAAGAAUGUAGACAAGUCCAAAUAUUCUGCCUUCCACCAGAAGCACGGCCACACUACCGAUGACUGCGUGGUCGCGAAGGACCUCUUGGAGCGGCUAGCUCGGCAAGGACACCUUGACAAGUAUAUUGGCGGGGGAUACGCUAGUGGAGGGCAAUCAAAUUCGGCCAGGAAAAGAUCAUUCCGAGCAAUUUGCUCGGUGGAUGGACCACAACGCAAUACCGAAGCCGCGAACCAACUUCCCCAAGUAACUUUUACACACGCAGACUUCAAUUCCAGUAUUCAGAACUUAGAUGACCCUGUGUUCAUUACCCUUCAACUGGGAGAUUUGUUGGUAAGGAAAGUACUCCUAGAUCCCGGAAGUAGCGCCAACGUUCUGUUCUGCUCAACAUUCCAAAAGAUGAAACUCAUCGACAACAUACUCCAGUCAACAGGGGGAGACCUAGUCGGUUUCUCGGGAGAAAGAGUUCCGAUCUUGGGUUCAGUGUGGUUGCAAACCACACUGGUUCACAUGUGUGUUAAGUUUUCUCUGCAGGACGAUCAAGUUGUAACGAUUCAUGGAGACCAUAAAGAAUCCCGCCAAUGUUACAACAUCAGCAUGAAAUUCCCAAAUCGUUCAAAGCAACAAGUCAACAAUGUCGACCUCGGCACCAGCAACUCGGCACUAGCCGACUUAGAUCCAAGAGCCGACUUUCUUGAAAGACCUACACCAUCAGAUGACUUACAAAAAGUUUAUUUCAACAAUGAUCCUAAUAAAUUCACUUAUGUAGGUACAUCAAUCAGUGCAACGGAGCUAAAGGACAUCGCUGCCUUUCUACAAGAGCAAGCCGACCUAUUUGCAUGGACGCCUUCGGACAUGCCCGGCAUAGACCCACAAAUCAUCAUCCACAAACUAGCUAUAAAUCCGACCGUCCGACCAGUACAGCAGAAGAAGAGAAAACUCGGCGAUGAAAAGAAAAAAAGGCAUCCUUAG